CCCAGCCCUGCUCCUGGGGGGGUCCCUGCUCCGGGGGGGACCCAGCCCUGCUCCCGGGGGGGUCCCAGCCCUGACGGACCCCCCCCCCCCCACCGGGAGUCCUGCCUGCCCUGCAAUCCCAAGGGAAGGGUGUCCGGGGAUGCCCUGGGCACCCGCUCCAUACUUUGGGGGGGGCUGUGGGUGCUCCCAUGCCCAGGGGCUGCAGCCCCCCCCCCCCGAGGCCAUCCAGCCCCCCGCCUGCUCUCGGCAGGGCCCGGGCACAGCCGUGGGGUGGGGGGAGGCCGGUCAAGGUCCCCCCAGCGUGUCCAGGCUGCCCGGGCAGCGGGGGCACCCGGGGCCGUGUCCAGGCACCGCGCGCUCGCCCCGCUCUGCCCCUCCUGCUGCGCCCUACAUAGCUCCUCUAUAUUAUGCAAAUGAGCUAUAAGGGGCUAUUAUGCAAAUGAGAGGGGGCUGGCGCUGCCUGGCACUGGGUCGUCCCCAACCCCGGCCCCGGCGGCACAGAGGGGACAGCGGGGAUGGCGGGGGCCGCAUCGCCGGCCGCCUCCGCCCUGGUGUCCGGGGGCUGCCGGGGGGCUCCGGCUCCUCUCGCCGCUCUCCCGUAGCGCGGAGGGACCCGCAGGAGCUCGGCCGGGAGCCUGCCGCCGCCGGCCCCGCCAUGGGCAAGCAGAGCAGCAAGCUGCGGCCGGAGAUGCUGCAGGACCUGCGGGAGAACACGGAGUUCUCCGACCUGGAGCUGCAGGGCUGGUACAGGGGCUUCCUCAAGGACUGUCCCUCCGGCAUCCUCAACGUGGAGGAGUUCAAGAAGAUCUACGCCAACUUCUUCCCCUACGGCGACGCCUCCAAGUUCGCCGAGCACGUCUUCCGCACCUUCGACACCAACGGCGACGGCACCAUCGACUUCCGCGAGUUCAUCAUCGCCCUGAGCGUCACCUCCCGCGGCAAGCUGGAGCAGAAGCUCGCGUGGGCCUUCAGCAUGUACGACCUGGACGGCAACGGCUACAUCAGCCGCGAGGAGAUGCUGGAGAUCGUGCAGGCCAUCUACAAGAUGGUCUCCUCCGUGAUGAAGAUGCCCGAAGAUGAAUCGACUCCGGAGAAACGAACGGAAAAAAUCUUCCGACAGAUGGACACUAAUAACGACGGGAAGCUGUCGCUGGAGGAGUUCAUCAAAGGCGCCCAGAGCGACCCGUCCAUCGUGCGCCUGCUGCAGUGUGACCCCAGCGGGGCCUCGCAGCUCUGAGCCCACCACGGCCCCCCCCCGGCACCCCGCGUCCCGGCACACGCCGCCCCGGCCCCCCCCCCCCCCGUGCGCCCCGUCUGGGCGGUGCCGGCGGGGAAGGGGCACCCGCCCCGUCUUUUAAUACCUGCAGAAUAAAGUUUGUCUCAGUGCA